ACACUAACAUUUUACUAAAGAAAUGCAUACCAAAAAUCUUUUUCCGUCCUUCAUCUUACUUCUUCUUUUGUCCUCACUACUAUCUUCCAAUGUUGUUGUGGCUAAAGAUGGAGACAAAUCUGGUAACCCAUUUACACCAAAAGGUUAUCUGAUUAGAUACUGGAAUAAACAUGUCUCAAAUGACUUACCAAAGCCAUGGUUCCUUCUCAACAAAGCAUCUCCAUUGAAUGCUGCUCAAUAUGCAACUUACACUAAACUUGUUGCUGAUCAAAAUGCACUCACUACACACCUCCAAUCCUUUUGCUCUUCAGCAAAUCUCAUGUGUGCACCAGAUUUGUCACCAAGUCUUGAAAAACACAAAGGAGAUGUCCAUUUUGUCUCUUACGGUGACAAGAACUUUACCAAUUACGGUACCAAGGAAUUCGGUCUCGGAUUCAACUCCUUCAAGAACUAUACAGAGGAAGAAAAUUUCCCUAUGAAUUCUUUCAGGCGCUACGGUAGAGAUUCUCCUCAUGAUAAUCAAUUUGACAACUACGGCCCUGGUGGCAAUACGCCUGUCCAAAGUUUCAACAGCUAUAGCACAAAUACUCCAGGGGGUUCUGGUCAAUUCACCAAUUACGCCCCGGGGGCCAAUGUCCCCGAUUUGCAUUUCACUUCCUAUUCCGACCACGGAACAGGAGGGGAACAACAAUUCAAAUCCUAUGGAAACGAUGGAAAUGCUGGUCAACAAACUUUCAAAAGCUAUGGCAAAGAUGGAAAUGGAGCUGAUAGUCAAUUCACCACCUAUGGAAACAACACUAAUGUUGAUGGCUCAGCAUUUACAAACUAUGGUGAGACAGCAAAUGGGGAGAACCAAAAUUUCACAUCUUAUGGUUUCAACGGCAAUAAUCCAGCAAGCAAUUUCAACAACUAUGGUGUUGGAGGUAAUGGUCCAUCCGAGACUUUUACCAGCUAUAGAGAUCAAUCAAAUGUUGGAGAUGACACGUUCACUACCUAUGUUAAGGAUGCAAAUGGCGGUGAAGCCAAUUUCACCAACUAUGGUCAAUCAUUCAAUGAAGGUACUGAUGUAUUCACUACUUACGGCAAAGGGGGUAAUGACCCACAUAUUAAUUUCAAAACUUAUGGAGUUAACAACACUUUCAAAGAUUAUGUCAAAGAUACUGCCACAUUUUCCAACUACCAAAACAAAACUUCCCAAGUUUUGGCUUCAUUGACCGGUGGCAAAAAGGUGAAUAACCGGUGGGUUGAGCCCGGAAAGUUUUUCAGGGAGAAGAUGUUGAAGAGUGGUACAAUCAUGCCUAUGCCAGAUAUAAAGGAUAAGAUGCCUAAAAGGUCCUUUUUGCCCCGGGUGAUUGCUUCGAAAUUGCCUUUUUCUACCUCAAAAAUUGAUGAGUUAAAGAAAAUUUUCCAUGCAGCCAAUGAUUCUCAAGUGGCAAAGAUGAUCGGCGAUGCUCUAAGUGAAUGUGAAAGAGCACCAAGCGCUGGCGAGACAAAACGAUGUGCUAACUCAGCUGAAGAUAUGAUUGAUUUCGCAACAUCAGUAUUGGGUCGAAAUGUGGUGGUUCGAACGACUGAGAAUACAAAAGGAUCAAAGGGGAAUAUCAUGAUAGGAACAGUCAAAGGAAUCAACGGUGGAAAAGUCACCAAAUCAGUAUCAUGUCACCAGACCUUGUUCCCUUACUUACUGUAUUACUGUCAUUCGGUUCCUAAAGUCCGGGUCUAUGAAGCGGAUAUUUUGGACCCGAAUUCAAAGGCUAAGAUCAAUCACGGUGUUGCCAUUUGCCACGUGGAUACUUCUUUAUGGGGACCCAAGCACGGAGCCUUCAUUGCACUCGGGUCAGGACCCGGGAAAAUUGAGGUUUGUCAUUGGAUCUUUGAGAAUGACAUGACUUGGGCAACUGCUGAUUGAGCUCUAGGUGUGUUUACAAUAUGCGGAAAAUUAAGUUUGAAUGGCUAUUAGUUUAUGUAAUCACUCUAUUGUGGUCUCUCAGUGUGUGGGGAAAAGUAAUGUACUCCCUAUUUCGCUUUUAUUUUAUUGUACUCUUGUUAAGAAAUAAUAAAUAAAAAUGCAUAUUUUAUUAUAA